UGUUGACAUAUUGAGAUAUUAUAUUGCAACUUAUUAAAGGCAUAAAUUGUCUUUUCUUAUACAUACAACGUAAUUAGUUCUAAUUUAAAAAAUACUCCAAACUAUUUGACUUUAAUCUUUUAUCCUUGUGCACAAGGAUACUAGCAUGCUAGUAGCCAAUUUCAGAUUAAAAUCGUUUAUGCGAAGAUGGCAACUUUGGGUAAAAGAUUAAAACAGGUAAAAUUCACUUGUCACCCGGUACAUCCACAGAUAAAAUUAAAUACACAUGGACCAAAUGGAGUUCAGAGGGCUAAAGCGACAGAACUCGACAGAAGAAGAGAGAAAACAAAGAUGGCCGCAUGCGCAUCCUUCCGAACAGCGAGUCUCCGACCACCCCCGCCGAUUAUGGAUGUUUAGUAUCGACGUUGUUGCUAACGCUUCUCUUCGUUGCUUGCUCUCGCUUUCGAAUUACGAAUUUUAUACGGAGUUGGUGUCCUGGUGCACGCGAGAAAAGUGUUCUUCUAUUUUGCGUGUGAGAUAAUGCACAAAAUCACGAAACUACGGAAGUCAGUACCGAUCGGUGAGACGCGAUAAUGUGUCCGCCUACGUUAGUGUUCUUGCGUCAUCAUUAAUCAUGGUUCUGCGUGACUGUAAUCUGCCAGGACGAGCAAUAUGCCGAGCGAGAAUUACUCAGGAAGGACAUGUGCCGCCGCGGCGAUAACGACCACGACAUUGCUCCUGCUCACGCUGAAUAUCAAAUGCAUAGGAUCCGCGCGUGAACGAUAUAAUGUAACCGGUUUCCUUAAAUGUGCCACGCAAUCGAAUUCGGAUCGAUCUCUUCUGUUCGGCAUUUAUCGCACAAGCUGCCGUAAAACAUCAUCGAUCUUCGCGGAUGCUGUUGCGAGGGUGUGCGCGAGCGUGCGCGGGUUCGAAGAGGUAGACAAGAUCACUGUACCCCACAACGAACGGGUUACGGUGAGAUGUCGGGAAUUAGGUAAAUAUAAAUUCGUCGGCGAUGCUUCACUGCACUGUGGCAAUGGUACGUGGGACGGAAAGGUACCUCAUUGCGAGGCUACUACAUCCAUCUCUAAUUACACCGGUACGUCGUAAUGCCUCAUUAUCAAUCGUUCGAUUUACAUACAUGCAACGCAAACAUCUCAGAAUAUUGACAUUAUUUGAAGAAUAUUAUACUGCCUACUUCCAUUGUAGACGGCCCUUAAGGCCAAU